CGACGGGUAAGGCGCGCAGCGGGAGGCCAUUUCCAACGAGCUGGCGGGGGCGAAAGAUGGCGACGCCCCUUGGGUGGUCGCAGGGGGGCUCCGGAUCUGUGUGUCUCGCCUUCGAUCAAUUGCGGGACGUGAUUGAAUCUCAGGAGGAGCUGAUCCACCAGCUGAGGAAUGUGAUGGUUCUCCAGGACGAAAAUUUUGUCAGUAAAGAAGAGUUCCAAGAGAUAGAGAAGAAACUGGUGGAAGAGAAAACUGCUCAUGCCAAAACCAAGGCUCUCCUGGCCAAGGAAGAGGAGAAAUUGCAGUUUGCCCUCGGAGAGGUGGAGGUACUGUCCAAACAACUGGAGAAGGAGAAGCUGGCCUUUGAAAAAGCGCUCUCUAGUGUCAAGAACAAAGUCCUGCAGGAGUCUAGCAAGAAGGACCAGCUCAUCACCAAGUGUAAUGAAAUUGAGUCUCACAUUAUAAAGCAAGAAGAUAUACUUAAUGGCAAAGAGAAUGAGAUUAAAGAGUUGCAGCAAGUUAUCAGCCAGCAGAAACAGAUUUUCAGGAAUCACAUGUCCGACUUCCAGAUCCAGAAGCAGCAGGAGAGCUACAUGGCCCAGGUGCUGGACCAGAAGCAUAAGAAAGCCUCGGGAACACGUCGGGCCCGGAGCCGCCAGUGUCCCAGGGAAAAAUAAAAUGCUGGUUGCCUUGCUGGUUUCUAAAUGCAAUGCCCAACUUCUACCUUCUCUAUUCUGGGGAGACCAGCUCUUCCCCUCCAUCCUGGGGACCCGCACAGCACUGCCUCUUCUGAGUUUAGGAGGAAACACCGCUCGGUCUCCAGCCCCUGUUGCUGUACUCCUUUGGGAUAGGAUAGUGCCCAUGGUAAUGGAGUGGGAACUGCUGCUUGAUUUUGGUGGUUAGUCUUCUCCAUACACAGCCCGGGUCAGCCCAGUCACACCCUGCCCGAACUUCAGUGAAUGCGGUUCUCUGAGGUUGGCUGUAGGGUUAGGGAAGAAUGGAGUGUGUGCAUGUAUGCAUGCGUCUGUGUGCAUGUGUGUUGGUGUAGCCCUGACUACAGACUUUAAGACUGGAUUCCAGAGCCACAGGAAAUCUGAGAAACCAGAAGAACCCAGAUAAUUAAAAAAAAUGCGUAUGAGCUGGACUGUGGUGGUGCACACCUUUAAUCCCAGCACUUUCCAGCAUUUGGGAGGCAGAGGCAGG